AUGGAAGAUUUGAAUUUUGAUAAUUGGAUUUCCUUUCCCUCAAAUAAGAUCAUGAGUUUCAAUCAUGAUCUCGCGAUUCGCAGGUUCUGCCCCGCGAGAGUUGAGGAGGAACAAGGAGAGUGGGAGGAGAUAUUCCAUGAGAUUGAGCUGUGUUCACCAACAGAUACAACUAGUACUCCUUGUUUGGCCGCUUCGGAGAUUGAUGAGUUUGUUGAGAGCAUCAUCAACACGGACCAUUAUGACAACAGCGGAAUUGAGUCUCCUGGAGAGCAACGAAUCGGAAAUGAGAUGGAGAUGUUCUCAAUGGCCAAUAAUGGUGUUUAUGAAGAUGUUCCAAUGAUGUUGGAAGGAGAUGAUAAUUUGGAGAUCAGUGGCUCACCGGUCGAGGAUUUUCGGGUUAAUGUUUCCAAUGUGGUGCCUAGUGUUGAAGAGGUAAGCCAUGGGGUCGACCAAGGGCUUCAUUUGGUACACAUGUUGUUGGCUUGUGCUGAGGCUGUUGGCUGCAGAGACACCCAACUUGCAGGCUCAAUGCUGAGCCAAAUCUGGGCUUUGGUUAGUCCUUUCGGCGAUUCUUUGCAAAGGGUGUCUUAUUGCUUUGCCACAGGACUAAACUCUAGGCUUUCACUACUUCAAAAUGUCAACACAAAUGGUACAUUCAUGAUUGGUGGGGCUGCUGAUACGGAGUCUUCAUUGAUCACUAAGGAGGAGAAAAUGGAAGCUUUUCAACUCCUUUACCAAACAACUCCUUUCAUUGCUUUUGGCUUUAUGGUUGCAAAUGAAGCUAUAUGUCAAGCAGCAGUUGGAAAAGACCAUCUCCACAUUAUUGAUUUAGGGAUGGAACACACUCUUCAAUGGCCAUCCUUGAUAAGAACCCUUGCUUCACGGCCCGAGGGUCCACCUAAAAUGCUCCGAAUCACCGGACUAGUCGAUGAUCACAAUCUCGUCAUAGAGCUUGAAGCCAGCAUGAAAGUGCUUGUGGAAGAAGCUAGCUCGCUAGGCAUACCGUUACAGUUCAACAUUUUGUCAGAGUUGGUAACACCGUCACUUUUAACUAGAGAGAAUUUGGAUUUGAGAGAAGGGGAAGCAUUGUAUGUUAAUUGUUUCACGCACUUGCACAAGUAUGUCAAAGAGAGCAGAGGCUCUCUGAAGGCAAUUCUCCAAGCAUUGAAGAAACUAGCCCCAACUCUGCUUACAGUGGUAGAACAAGAUGCAAACCACAACGGACCAUUCUUUCUAGGGAGAUUCCUCGAGUCCCUUCACUACUACUCCGCCAUUUUUGACUCCCUCGAGGCUAGCCUUCCAAGAAAUAGCCCACAGAGGAUGAAAAUAGAGAGGCUUCACUUUGCAGAAGAGAUCAGGAACAUUGUGGCUUUUGAGGGAUCAAGUAGGAUUGAGAGGCAUGAACGAGUAGACCAAUGGAGAAGGCAAUUAGGCCGCGCCGGGUUUCAAGUAAUGGGGUUGAAGUGUUUGAGCCAGGCUAGGAUGAUGCUGUCUGUGUAUGGCUGUGAUGGAUACACUUUGGCUGCUGAGAAAGGUUGUCUGCUACUUGGAUGGAAAGGAAGGCCCAUAUUGCUGGCAUCUGCUUGGCAAGUUCACAAUGUUCCUUCCUCCUAA